AUGAGGUGUUCUGGGAUUACCUCCAGCACUUUGUCAUGGUGUACAUCAGCUGAACAUCACCACCACGUGAAGCAGGUCCUUUGGAAGCUGAGAGAGCACCACCUCUAUCUCAAACUGGAGAAGUUCGAGGUUCACCAUUACUCUAUCCAGUUCAUGGGAUACGUCAUCGACCAUCAUGGAAUUCACAUGGACCAGAGGAAGGUACAAGUCAUCAAGGAAUGGCCGCAACCAAGCACCAUCAAAGAACUUCAACGAUUCCUGGGCUUUGUCAACUUCGAUCGCCGGUUCAUUUCCAAUUUCAGCCAAGUCUGUGCACCAAUCACCUCGCUACUCAGGAGUAAGCCCAAGUCUCUGUCCUGGACGCCUGUUGCCAUUGACGCUUUCCACCAGCUCAAAGAGGCAUUUUUAUGUAAACUGUUCAAAUGGUACUCUCCAGUAGGCAUUGCCUCCCUCAUCUGUGGGAAAAUUGCUGCUAUCGGUGACUUGGAAGUGGUGGCGAGGCAGCUCGGCAUGUACAUGGUCACGGUCAUAGUCGGUCUCAUCAUUCAUGGCGGGCUCAUCCUGCCAGUCAUAUUCUUCGCCGUGACUCGGAAAAACCCCUUCACGUUUUACUCUGGUAUCUUCCAGGCUUGGAUCACUGCUCUGGGAACGGCCAGCAGUGCUGGGACAUUGCCAGUGACGUUUCGUUGUCUGGAGGAGAAUCUAAAGAUUGACAAGCGUGUGACUCGCUUUGUGCUGCCCAUUGGAGCCACCAUAAACAUGGAUGGCACUGCACUCUAUGAGGCUGUAGCAGCCAUUUUCAUCGCUCAGAUGAAUGACAUUUCCCUAGAUGGAGGACAGAUUGUUACUGUUAGUAUGACAGCGACUUUGGCCAGUGUGGGAGCGGCCAGUAUUCCCAGUGCGGGUCUGGUCACCAUGUUGCUAAUCCUGACCGCUGUGGGCCUUCCAACUCAAGACAUCAGCCUGCUCGUUGCUGUCGAUUGGCUUCUUGACAGAAUGCGCACCUCCAUUAACGUCGUAGGCGACUCUUUCGGGGCAGGCAUUGUGGACCACCUAUCACGGGCAGAGCUUGCCGUGAUCGACGGGGACAUCCCUCUAUCAGACGAGGUGUUUGUCCCCCCUCCACCUCUCCUCACUGAAAUAGACCUCAUAGACCCUCUCAAACCGCCCGAACUGCCCCCUCGUUCCCCGCGGCCCCCAAAGCUCAACCAUCACGCCCCGUCUCUGACCCCUUCACAGUCUCAAUCGCACUCUAUCCCGCACUCGCCCCGUUCCAUCCGCUCUCCGUCACCUCACUCCAUCCGCUCACCCUCCCCUCGCUCCGUGUGCUCUCACUCCCCGAGGCCUUUCCGAACACAUUCCCCUCGUCUUUUAUGCAGGACGGAGCCUGGAUACUGCGCCCUGCCCACUCAUGACAACCAGAUUACCACUCUUCCCAGAGGUUUCCGAGAGAGAAGCAGAAACCGGGAAAGAGAGAGACUGCAGGAACGGGAACGGGAUAAAGGGAGCGAGACUGAGGAGGAUGAGGAGAAAGAAAGAAUGAUGGACGAGGCGAGCGACGGAGAAGAAAGUGACGACACGACGUACGACAGACACCACGCCAUCCCACCUUGUGACCUGCCCUGAACAAAACAGACAAAGCUUUACCACAUUUUCACAAUACUUCUUCUGUAUUUCAGAACCCACCUUUCUCGAUGAAAGCUGGCCUUUUUUGUUGUUUGGCAAAGACUUUGAGUACCUUGGUGUGUUGUGUGUUUGUUUUGCAUUGAGAAACUUGACAUAUGUGAAAGGAGUGUUCACUGGGCUUCACUAUGUUUCUUAGUAUCAGCUUUACAGUCUAGCAACAGUAACUGUUUGUAACUUAUAGCUAAUUUGCUUUUACAGCAUUUCAGUAAUAAACCGGAUGAAUGGUUUUGAGCAUGUAUUGCACAUGCUCUGCCAGUCUCGAUUUUAUUUAUUUGUUGACUUUCCUAUCAUAUAAUUUAUCUAGGCUACUGGGACACUGGUUAUAACACUGGAUGUCACUGUACUGCACUGUAAAACCCAGACUUACUCAAUGGUUCAGGGAAAAGAUAUAGCCUUGACUCAUUUGAGCUGCCUUAGUUUACUUUUAUAGUUGAGAUGUCCUCUGUUCAGUUGCCAGUGCAACAUAAACAGGCAUUUCAAAUGAGUCGAAGCAGUUGGUUCCUAUAAACAGUCCAAAGUUGUUCCAAAUCUCCUGUCCUAUGAUUUGUUGGGUUUUUCUUGCGAUGGUGGCGAGGACGUCACAAGCAGCUGUGAGUAAUAUGAGGCAGUUUCUUCCCGUACCCCUCAUGUUCUUUCCCUAUCCGCGUGUCUUAAAAAUGUGAAUCAUACACCGAAAACAUAAUUUGCAUGUACAGAUUUACCAAUACACUGUUUAGAUUAGUGGGUGUGACAUCGGGGUGUGACAAGCGCAGUUACACAAACCUGACGUAGUACUUUACUUUAGUACAACACACAGGUUGUCCACUCUCAUACUGUAUGAAUGACAGUGUAGUUCUCACUCACAUCCAGCCUGUUUCCACAAAUUAGAUAUUUUUUAAUCAAAAUAAUUUUUCUUACUUUACAACAU